AUGGAACCUCGACGGUUGGACGAUGUAGCCGAUGCAGCCGAAGGGAUUCGAAAAGAGAUCAAAUCAUUACUAUCACAAGUCACAAAAGUUGAAGAGGAUGAAAAAGGAAAUAAGAAGUACGGCGGGGAUACACUUUUGAUGUUGAUUUCCCGUAUGAAACACGCCCUUGGUAUUGAUGAGAAUUGGGAAGGACGCUUAAGAUAUUGGGAGGAUCGUACAAAACUAAAUCUUCCAAACUCGGCAUACCUGAUUCCAAUACCAAAAGAAAUCGAAGUGAACGGGUGGUUAUUGAAGGAAGGAUGGUUCGUACAAGUUAAUGUUGACCCAGUAGUGGGUGCGGGUACGACUACGCUGGUUUUUGCGCCUCGCUGA